GGCGACUGGGAGGAUCUCCGUCGAGGUGAAUGAGCGCGAGAGCGGUGCAGGACGUGAGGCGGGGCCCGGUGGUGUGCGAGAAUGGAGUCCAACACCUUCUCCCGCAUCCGGCUGUGGUGCCCCAGGCCGUUGGGCGGCUACUCCGGGAAUAAGCCGUGCUGCAUCAGCGUCAAGAAGAUGGCAGGCGAUGCCAGGCCCAAGGAGGGGGAGGCCUCGUGCCCCGAGAACUUGCCCCCAUCGACUCCGGGGGGCCCGGGCGGUGGUGGCACUGCCGGGGACGGGCAGGGUGAGGAAGGCCGGGUCCUCCUGGACACGUGGUACGUCAUCAAACCGGGCAACACCAAGGAGAAGAUUGCCUUCUUUGUGGCACACCAGUGCAGCGGAGGGGUUGGCACCGGACGGACCACCAACGCCGUCAAGGUCAAGGGCAACUGGAGCACGGACGGCACCAAACCCAAGAGGCGGCGCAAGUCUCGGGAACCGGUCCAGGAGGGGCCCUGUCCAGUCAGACCCAUGGAGCAGCCUGGGCUCUCCGACAGGCUGUGCCCGCCCCAUCCAGAGGGCGAGGCCUGCGCCCAGGAGGCUGACCCGCCCUUCUCAGUGGCCGAGAUGGUAGCGCGGGUGGAGAGGAGGGCGGCCGCUGGUGAGGAGGUUCCAGCCGCCCCUCCGGCGCGAGGACCGGCGCCCUCCCCUCCCCCGGGGCAGACCGAGAACCGGGGGCUGGGCGCUGCUGCCGACUCGCGCCGGGUGGCCCAGGCCAUCGCCCGGAUCGAGUCAGCCCAGCGGGGGGCGGGGGAAGGCCAGGAGGGGGAGGGGGUGCCAGCGGCUGGGGUUGGGGAGCGGGCGCCGUGCCCGCCCGGGGAAGUCCGCAUCGCCUUCCGGGUGGCCAGCGGUGACCCCCGCUCGCCAGCAGACUCCCAGGCCCCAGGCCCAGGCCCGGGCUGCAUCUUCAUGAGCUGCAACCACACGGUGUGCGGCGGGGGCGCAGUGGAGAAGAUCACCUGCGACCUCUACCACAUCGUCAGCCCCUCUUCGACCACCUCCUCGUCUCUGCCGGACCCCAAUCCCGGGGGCCUCAACUCCAACGGUAACCACCGUCACCGCGGCGACGGCCAGGCCCGCGCCCGCCCGGACGUGGAGAUGGCGACGGCCGGCGUAGCCGAGGAGCCACGGGCAGGCGGCGUCCCCACCGAGGGGGCGGGCGGUGCCUCCUCCCCCACCCCAGCGUCUCCCCCGCCCCUGGAGAAGGGCUCCCCCCGGGACUGCCUGAACGGUUUCCACGUGGAGGUGGUGGUCACCGGAGGCGUAGACCACUCGGUCUUCUUCGGCCGGGAGGGCCCGCCCGGCGACAAGGAGGACACGGUCUGCGUGACGGUGAGCGGGCCCGCGCCGGACGCCAAGUGCCUGGCCUGCGAGGACCCCUCUCCGCCGCCCGGCCAGCUCUUCUUCCUGAGGCCCCUCCCCCCAGCAGACGCCGACUCUUCGGCCGAGCCGGCUCCCAUCGGCGGGUCACCGGACCCCAAGGACAGCGCCGUCCUCCUGAGCCCCGAGUCCGAGCCCCCGGACGCCCCGCUCUACUGCCUGUACCGCCACGUCUCGCACGACUUCCUGGAGAUCCGCUUCCAAAUCCAGCGGCUCCUGGAGCCCCGGCAGUACCUCCUGCUCCUGCCCGACCACGUGACAGUGAAGAUCCUCAGCUACCUCCCCACCCGGGCCUUGGCGGCCCUGAAGUGCGUCUGCCACCACUUCAAGGCCGUGAUCGAGGCCUACGGGGUGCGGGCCACGGACUCGCGGUGGAACCGGGACCCCCAGUACCGGGACGACCCCUGCAAGCAGUGCAAGAAACGAUACGAGCGGGGCGACGUCUCCCUCUGCCGCUGGCACCCGAAACCUUAUCACCACGACUUGCCUUACGGACGCUCCUAUUGGAUGUGCUGCCGGCGGAAAGACCGGGACACCCCGGGAUGCUGCGUCGGUCUCCAUGACAACAACUGGGUGCAGCCCAGCGACACACUCAAGAAGGAGGAGGGGAGGUAAAACAACGAACCCUGUGGACAGGAAAGGAAUGUUUUUGUUUUCCGGAAAAUUCUCGGCCCUCCCCUCCCCGCCCCGGCUGAACAUUCCGGCUUCUCGUGUGCUAGAGAUAUUUAAUUUCUGUUUCGUUUGAAGGCGUUUGGGCUGUCGGGGUGCGUAUGGAAUGAGAUUAAUUGUCGAGAGCAUGAUCGAGAUUGUGUUCUUCCCUCUCUCUAGUUUUUUAUUUGGUUUCCCCACCCCUUCCCCCUUGUUAUCCAAAUAUAUCGAAACAUAAUUUAAGAUCAACACAAGUGCAGCUUCUUUCAUCCGCACCCUUCACCCUCCCCCUCCAAAAAAAUCCAAUUUCUCCUGAGCUGUUUCCUUAGCGACCGCUUGGCCGUUCUCUCAGCUGCCAUCUUGGUUUCUCCUUGUUGGGUGGAGAGUAUUGUUAGCAGUCAUAAGCUGCUCAGGAACAAAAUUAGCAGCUUCCAGUGACCUCGCCCAUGGCUCCGUUGGUGUGACCUGGCGGUUAUUAACUCUUAAGGUUUAGCAGGCCUCAAUCCAGUCCUACCUAAUUCCGUGGAGGUUUUGGGGCAGUAUUGGGCUGGACUUCGGAAUCUCCAAGUUGUCCACAGAAGGAACGAUCCUAACAUAGAAUCCACAAUGUGGAAGCAGGCCAUUUGGCCCAUCAAGUCCACACUGACCCUCCAAAGAGCAUCCCACCCAUAACCAGUU